CGCACGCCGAUGCCCCCCUCGCCCUCUCUCCCCUUCUGCGUGUUCUCCGCACCACCCAGACUCCCCGCGUCCCCUCUAACCCUCAUCAACCUCAACCCCUCCUCCCAAUCUGCGAUAAACUAAGUGAUAGCGGCAGCCCGUCGAACUGUCGGCUAUAAAACACAACAAAUCAUAAAGUGCAGGCUGGGGAAGCAGAUGAAGGAGGACUGGAGGGAGAAGCGUUAGCCGCUAGCCGCUAGCCCCGUUUCUACUCCUCCUUCUUUUCAUACCGCGUGCGCGUUGUUGUUGUUUCGCGCCCUCCCGUCCUGCCCCUGCGCUCAUCGCCUCCGUUCUUAUCCACUUUCCUCGCCGACUGUCCUCAUGAGUUCCUAUUUUGUCAACUCUUCUUUCCCCGUUGCGUUAUCGGGAACGGGAGGAGGCGGGCAGACGGCCGAGUCCUUCUUAGGUCAAAUCCCUCUCUAUUCCUCCGGAUACGCCGCUGACCACCCGCUCAGACAUUACUCUGGAGCCGCGGCCGUCACGGCCGCCGCGGCGGCGGCGUACAACGCGAGCGGAGGUGGCGUGCAGGACAAGCCCUACCCGGCUUCUACCUAUUACCAACAGGCGACCAACGGAGGGUACGGGGGGCAUCGGACGGCGGCGGGGGUCGGUGUCGGCGCCUCGACCGGCACAAGCGCGUGUGACUAUGCCUCAGCCGCGGCGGCGGCGGCCGCGGCGGCAGCGGCCGCCACAAGUUUCUACCGGGACAAGGAAUUCGCUUGCAGUCUGGACGAGCAUCCCCUCGCGCUUGGCCACGACGUCGUGCAUCGCAAGGCGGACUGCGCGAGCUUGAGUGGCAAGGGGGUCUUCGGUGACACCGUGAAUGACAAGCAAACGGGGUCAGCCCACAUUUAUCCGUGGAUGCAGCGAAUGAACGCCUGCAAUGGGGCGUUUGGCAGUCCCGGCAGGCGCGGGAGACAGACGUACACCCGCUACCAGACACUCGAAUUGGAAAAGGAGUUCCACUUCAACCGCUACCUCACGCGCAGGCGGCGGAUCGAGAUCGCGCACGCGCUUUGCCUGACAGAGCGCCAAAUUAAAAUCUGGUUCCAGAACCGGAGGAUGAAGUGGAAGAAGGAGAACAAACUGAUCAACUCUUCAUCUUCCUCUUCAUCCACAGUGAACGGGGUCGAUGAAGAGGAGAAACGGACGGAGUAACACAAUGAAAGAACGAAGUAGACUAUCGUGAAUGGGGAAGAAGAAAAGACAUUCUGAUGAAUCCAUUCUCAUCCUUUUUCAUUCCUUCCAACGCCAUCGGUCUGAAUUUAAAACUCUGGGAAAGUCAACCCGCGUUUGAUCGCGUUGUAUUGUUUUCCUCGAGAAGAAACAAAGAGGAGCCAUUCAACUCCCUUAAUAGACCCCGUUUGUAUCUGUGUGGUCUAAAAAGAGAAAAGGGGGGACGGGGCCUGAGAUGGUAAUACUUCGGAUGCCGAUGGGCGAAAUGGUGCAUUUUGCUUGGUGCGCUUAAUGGUUUCAAACCAAUUCGUAAAUAAGAAAGCCGUUUGGGCGGAAAUGUGCUGUUUAACAACACAUUUCACGUUACAUUCCCAAUAGUGACGAGUUAUCUCUUUUCCGUCUGCUAGGCACUUGAAUGUAAAUCAUUGAAUUUUGUUGACUUUUUUCCGUCUAAUUUAAAAGAACGUGUGUUAAACUUUGAGUCAGACCCGUACACACAAAAAAGGAGACGCGACACCAAAUCUAAAUCCGUGUGUUUGUUUGACACUCAUUUAAUAUCUACUGUAGGGUGUAAAAUAAAAGCAGGGUCAAACCCCAAUAUAAAAUGAGCAUGAGCAUCAUUUUGUAAGAGGGGGUUACGGUAACACUUGACCGUUUUACAUUCUCAAGAUGCUGUGGUGGUGCGGGGUUAGGGUGGGGGUGGGGAUUAACAUAUUGCUGUCAUUCCUUAAACUACCUAAAAUAUUCAGGAAUGUGUACAUUUAGAAGUUGUAUAUUUUAUGGGAUUUUUGCAUUGUUUGGUUAUUAUGUCCGUGUUUGUCAAGUACUUAACAAUACUACCUAUAUGUCCAAUAAAGUGAAAGGGAAUGUAA